ACCGUCAGGUUUAGUAGACGCGCGUGAGGUUCGUUGCUUGUUUUUAUUACCGACGCGAUCGCGGGUUUCGUUCUGUUCCUGUGAUCUAUCUGAGUGAUUGCCAGAUUAACGCAGGUGGUCGGUGACUUAAUUUAGUUUUUUUGGACAAAGGCAAAUCGUGCUGACCCCUGGAAAUGUGAUUUGUGUUUCGGUGGUGUUGAAUUAACGAAAAAAAUGACCCGGGGACUGUCAGUUUGAACAAAAGAACUGGACCUUGAAAAAGUGACUCGAAAUUAGUAGAACAAACCACAGGUUGCGUGGAAUGACAGUAUUGUGAAUAUUCAACCAAGUACAUGUCAAUCUAGAACAGCGAACCGACCAACGCCCAAGUGGGGUCAUUUAUGUAACCCCUUGUGGAGGUGGCGCAUAGUGUUAAUUCCGUUUCUCCUCUUGUAUACCUAUCGAGCUUUUUUGCCUUUCUUGUAUUUUUUUUUCAGCAGCAUUAGUUAAUUGGCAGUUUAUGGAAAUCUGUUAGCAUGUUUCGUCUUUUUCAUAAUUGCAAUUAAGAAGCAGCAGCGAAGGCUUGGUUGUUUGGUAGAUGUACUUGACAGUGCUCGUUUUCGAGGUGUUUAGCGUGGAAAUUAGCGUUUAAGUUUGCGUCGAUCUCGUUCCCAGCAUUGUGGAAGAAGAAGAAGAACAAGAAACGAUAACCUAAAAGUAGUGCGAGUACGUGAGCUGAAGUUUGAGUACAUUUUGGAAGAGUGGCAAUAGGAACAACAGCCACAGUAUGGUCGAUGUUGCAGUUUUUCGAAAGCUAGUCAGCUGCGCCCUGGUUCUCUCGGUGGCUCUGGUCCACCGUGGUUCGUGUGCCAGUUUAUCGAAUGGUGGCCGCGGCGGCGAUGGCAUCGGGGAAAGUACCGUUGGAGAGUCGGCCUCGUCAUCGAAGUUGGUCACCGGGCCGACGUUGGGCAGUUUGUAUCGGAGUGCCCGGGACGAGUACGGACGCUACGGACGGGAGCAGAGGUGCGCCACUUGCGGUGGAGGCGGAGGCUACGCUGAUCGGGACAUGAGAACCUAUGGCGGAAGACCGGGAGGCGUCUAUGGGUACUAUGGCGGCCGGGGGUCAAUCUACGACGAUAGGAACUGGUACUAUCGGCCGGAGGUUUAUGACGACCGGUAUCGGGGAGGCGAUAGAUACACCAACAUGAUGAUGGGCUACGACGAUCGCUACAUGUACCAGAUGAGCCCCAUGAACCGUUACGAUGACCGAUACUAUCCGAUGUCGACGCGUGGCUAUUACGAUAACCGUGGCGAGCAGCGAAUGCCCAGUGGCGGAUACUAUCCACCAGCAACGGAAACGGGAGGAAUGCGUGGUGUCGGAGGCUACGGAUACCGCGGUAAUGGCUACGAUAAUCUCGAUCCACUUUACGAGCAGUACAUGACGGCUGCCCGCGGAGGUCUCAGCAACUACAACAACCGAGAUCGCUACUAUGGAGCUUUCGGUGGAUACGGCGGCUACGGAGCAUACGAUCACAAGAACUUCCGGCCGUGGGACGAAACGUACAGUCGUCCAUCACCACCAUCAUCAUCGUCGCCAUCUGCCGGAGCUUCCGGCCCUUCGCAGCAUCAAUACCCCUCGGCACCGUCAUCACCCUCAUCCUCCCAGCACCACUACCAGCAUCAAUCGUCGUCCUCGGCGUCCUACGGAGCGCCAACGGGUCCUGCCGGAACUUAUACUAGCGGAGCGAUUGGAUUCCACGGUGGCCCAGAUCGACCAGACGCGAACAGACCAUGCUGUUCGGAAUGCUGUGGCCCCAAUCGGUAUCCACCGGGUCCAACCGGAACCGGUCCCGGAUACCAUCAGCCACCGCCACAACAGCACCACCAGAACCAGCCGAAUCAGUACGGUGACCGACCGGACAGUCACGGAAGGCCAGGGGCCUGGAACUAUCUGAGUGGGGGUAGUUCUUCCGGAGGGCAGGACUACCAUCAGGGUGCGUCGGCGGCGGGAAGUGCGUCGCAUUCGCAACCCGGGCAGGAUUAUGGCAAUCGAGGGGGAUAUCCGCCGCAGCAACAGCAUCAGCAGCCGCAUUCUCAACAGCAGCCUUCGCAUUAUCCACAGCAACAGCAGCAGCACAGGCCCGAUGCUAGCGGAAGUGGGGAUCGGCAGCAAAACACUGCCUAUGGUUCACGUCCCUACCGUCCUGCGUCCAACCUAGGGGCCACCAGUUACCUGAUGGAUCGUGAAACCGGAGAUUCUCCCACUGCCAGCCAACUUCACUCGCCGGACGGUGCCCUUGGUGGUGGCGGCGACUCCGGAUCCUCCAGCAGUUCCUCCUCGUCCAACGAUAGCAGCCAAGGCUCGGAUGGCAAACCCGUGGCCGGCGAAAACCCACCGAAAAGCAAUGAAUCCUAAAUAAAACUAGAAGAAAUAAAAAUGCAAAAUGACUAAUGGAAACUUGAUCCCAGGCUAAACGACCAAAGGACGACGAUGAAACCCGAAUAAGUUAGUGCUGAGCGAUGAUAUUAAGAAACUCGAAUAAAUUUAAGAAGAGAUGACAAUUUCCUUUGCUCUGAGGGCAAUUAUUACGACAGGGGCGUAACAGAGAAAAAAAUAAAAUGGAUGAAAGUGUAUUCGAUUUUCCUCCCAGGUAGAACGCAAUAUGUUUGUAUUUCUUUCUUGAAUAAAUACACCAUAAGGUUAAGAAUAUUUCUUAAGGUCAUAUAUUUAAGAUAAGCAUCAAUAAAAUAAGUAACUGAAUAGAAACUAA